CUCACCAGUACUAUAUUGAAUGAAAUACUCUUUUGAGUUGCAUUGCAUAUUUGCAAUCUGCGAUUCUGCAAUUCUGCAUGCGUGUUUUCUUCUCACUCAGGCUCAUCUCCACAAGAACUCUCUCUCUCCUCUCUCUAGCUACAACCCACAAAUUUUCACAACUUCAUCGUCAAGCUUCCUUCUUUUUUAUCAGGGGAAUGAGAUUGAUGACUAUCUUAAUAAUGUAGUAGAGUUUUUUCAAGGGAUGUCGAGUGUUAAGUCCCUUGAGCUGAAUGACAUUGUUAUGUUGAAUGGCCUUCAUCAAAUCGACAACACCUUGUGGCGCGGCUUCCAUAAUCUGAUUGAUCUGAGCUUUUCUGUUUAUAAGGGGGAUAAUGUGAAUUGGGAUGCUCCUAUACCUUUAUGUUUGUUAGUAAAGGUUAAGAGGGUUAAUUGUUCAUUCGGAAGAGAGAUUGAACGCGAUAAUCUUGUCAAAGUUGCUAGAUAUAUAUUAAGUAAUGCAAAUGUCCUCGAGCAACUUCGUAUCUGUUAUUGCUUUCGUCUCACCCUUGAAGUCGAAAAUGACGAUCUCUUAGAGGAAGUUGAGCUCUGUAGUAGAAUCUUUGUACUCUCAAGGAAGUCCUUAGCUUGUAAGAUUGAGUUCGAAACUGUUUCUAUCCAUGGAUCAAGUGAUAGGGCUGGAACCGGGUUAAUAGUUCCUCGGAGGUGAUAUGUCCUAAAGUGGAUUAGUUGCAUUUCAAAUUAUUUUGUCAGCUGUAAGAAUGAUGGGCACUACCCAGUACGGCAGUACCCUGUAACUAGGCAUGCUCAAUCUGUGAUCUAGUCCAAUCUUUAAAUUAUGGAUAUAUGUUUUUGGAUCAGGUUCAAAUAGCUAAGUUUCUUGACUCAAACUCUUGAAUGUAUUGGCAAUUGCUCCUUAAUUUUAAUCGUUUAAUCUUAUUUAGCUUAUUCUAUUUUGUUUAAUUAUCUUGCGGUAUUGAUCUCAUGAUGUGGUACAUGUCUGCUUAUAAAUGCUAUUUGUAGACUUUUGGAUUUUGAAUUAUUUCGUAGAAAUACAUCUGUUGCCUGUGCUAAUUUGCUAAUAUUUUGUAGACUUUUGGAUUUUGAAUUAUUUCGUAGAAAUACAUCUGUUGCCUGUGCUAAU